GAAAAAACAUUGUGUGUAGAAAGAGAAUUGUAAAAAAUGAGUGCUUGUUCAUCAACACCACCAGUACCGAUUCUGUCAUUCACAGAGAGAGCUAAAUCUCUGUCGGAGAUUCAACAAGCUCACGCCUUUAUGCUCAAAACAGGUCUUUUUCACGACACGUUUUCCGCAAGCAAGCUUGUUGCCUUCGCUGCAACAAACCCAGAACCCAAAACUGUCUCUUACGCUCACUCUAUUCUCAAUCGCAUCGAGAGCCCUAAUGGGUUCACUCACAAUUCCGUUAUCAGAGCUUAUGCUAAUAGCUCUACUCCUGAGAUUGCUUUAACCGUGUUUCGUGAUAUGCUUCUUGGUCCUGUGUUUCCCGAUAAGUACAGUUUCACGUUUGUGUUGAAAGCUUGUGGUGCGUUUUGUGGGUUUGAAGAAGGAAGGCAAAUUCACGGUCUUUUUAUGAAGAGUGAUUUGGUGACUGAUGUGUUUGUGGAGAAUACUUUGGUUAAUGUUUAUGGAAGAAGCGGUUACUUUGAGAUUGCACGUAAAGUGCUCGAUAGAAUGCCUGUGAGAGAUGCUGUUUCGUGGAAUUCGUUGUUGAGUGCUUAUCUUGAAAAGGGUUUGGUGGAAGAAGCUCGUGCGUUGUUUGAUGAGAUGGAGGAACGGAAUGUGGAGUCUUGGAAUUUUAUGGUUUCAGGUUAUGCGGCUGCGGGGUUGGUUAAGGAAGCUAGGGAGGUUUUCGAUUCUAUGCCGGUGAAAGAUGUUGUUUCUUGGAACGCUAUGGUGACUGCUUAUGCACAUGUGGGUUGCUACAACGAGGUUUUAGAGGUUUUUAAUAUGAUGCUGGAUGAUUCAGCAGAGAAACCAGAUGGUUUUACUCUUGUUAAUGUUUUAUCUGCAUGUGCUAGUCUUGGAUCCUUGAGUCAAGGUGAGUGGGUACAUGUUUACAUAGACAAGCAUGGGAUUGAGAUUGAAGGGUUUGUGGCAACAGCUCUCGUGGAUAUGUAUUCGAAGUGCGGGAAAAUUGAUAAGGCUCUUGAAGUGUUUAGAGCUACUUCAAAGAGAGAUGUCAGUACAUGGAACUCGAUAAUCUCGGGUUUGAGCGUUCACGGUCUUGGAAAGGAUGCUUUAGAGAUCUUCUCGGAGAUGGUGUAUGAAGGUUUUAAACCAAACGGUAUCACAUUUAUUGGUGUCUUGUCGGCCUGCAAUCAUGUGGGUUUGUUAGACCAAGCUCGCAAACUUUUUGAAAUGAUGAAUAGUGUUUACGGAAUUGAGCCAACUAUUGAACACUAUGGUUGUAUGGUGGAUUUGCUUGGUCGGAUGGGAAAAAUUGAGGAAGCAGAAGAACUUGUGAACGAGAUUCCAGCAGAUGAGGCUUUGAUUUUACUAGAAUCUCUUCUUGGUGCCUGUAAAAGGUUUGGAAAACUGGAACAAGCAGAGCGUAUAGCAAAUCGGUUACUGGAAUUGAAUCCACGUGAGAGCUCAGGUUAUGUUCAGAUGUCAAACUUGUAUGCCUCAGAUGGAAGAUGGGAUGAGGUUAUGGACAUGAGAAGAAAGAUGAGAGCAGAAAGAGUAAACAAGAAGCCUGGAUGUAGCAUGAUUGAAGUUGACGGAGUUGUCCAUGAGUUCUUAGCUGGUGAAGGACUAAGAAUCGAAUAAAAUCGGUAAUUUCCAAAAAUU